GGGAAGAGGAGACUGGAAGAUUGGAAGUUCCACCCAGCAACUCCAAAACCCUUUGCCUCCUUCUUCCUCCGCGGCGGCGGCCAUGGACAAGGACGUGCUGGGCGGCGUGGACGGCCUCGCCGAGGUGACCGCCAUUGUUGAACUGCUCGAUAUCCGUGACAGUCUGAGAAUAUACAAUUCCCUGGUGGAGAGGUGCUUGAGCGACUGUGUGGACACUUCCCACCGCAAGACCUUGGACAAGCAAGAGGAGUCAUGUGUCCGUGGUUGCGUCAACCGUGGUUGCGUCAAGAAGUUCCUGAAGCACUCCAUGAGGGUUGGCAUGAGGUUCGCAGAGAUUAACAAGGUCGUGGCCACCCCUGACUAACCGUGUCGAUUUUGUUGCCCCUGCCAAGAUUCUAACCGUGGAGAUUUUGUCAGCAUGUGAUGCUCAAAUGAUCUUAGCACUUCUUGCGAUAUGCAACUCGGUUAGGUUGCCUCUUCAACAAACUGCUGGGUAUGAAAUUGAGUAAAAAAUUACCUUGAACCAACUCUGUAUCCAUUCAUACUUGAGUAACUUGCUAGCUGCCGAGAAGAGUUUGGGUUCAUGUUUCACACUUGAAUCAGCACUCAGCAGAUUUUGAGCCACAUAAGUGCAUAUUAUGAUCGCUACA